CUCAUUCACUUUUACCAGUUCACUCUUCACUUCUGAUAUUGAGAAACCUGCGACCCUCACCCGUUUCAACGGCUGACGAACGGAGCACGCUCGCAAGUCGCGCCCCCGGGACUUGGGGAGCAGCCCUCGCCCUUCUGCUCCGACGGGUCUCCGACAGCUCCGACAGGUUGCCUUCGUAUUCUCUAAGUCGAGAAUGGAUGUUGAGCCGUAGAGGACCCUGAAAGUAUUAGGACGGACCCUGCUGCGAGGGCAAUAUGGAGGCAGUGAAGUUUAGUUCGGCUUCACAUUCCCUGGCACUUGGAAGUUCACAGUGGGUUUCAUGCUACGGUCCUUAUCCUAAUAGGGUGCUGCAGUACAAGAUUUACAGUAAUGGUCUCAGAUUAAAAGCUCCCAGAAGAUUUUCUAUUCGCGCCUCAUCUUCUAGUGACCGAGAUUCGGUAGUUACUCUGCUCGAUUAUGGUGCCGGCAACGUGCGGAGUUUGAGGAAUGCAAUUCAGUUUCUUGGUUUCAAUAUUAGAGACGUGCAAACACCUGAGGACAUAUUGAAAGCAAAAUGCCUAAUUUUCCCCGGAGUAGGGGCCUUUGCUGCAGCCAUGGAUGUGCUAAACAAGAACGGAAUGGCCGAAGCACUCACUGCCUAUGUCGAACAAGAUCGCCCAUUUCUGGGCAUUUGUCUUGGCUUGCAACUGCUCUUUGAGUCAAGUGAUGAGAAUGGUCCAGUAAAAGGUCUUGGUUUAAUCCCCGGAGUAGUUGGCCGUUUUGAUUCAUCUGAAGGGAUCAGAGUACCUCAUAUUGGAUGGGAUGCACUGGAAAUAACUAAAGACUCAGAGAUCUUGGAUGGUAUUGGAAACAAACAUGUCUAUUUUGUCCAUUCAUAUCGAGCAAUGCCUUCGGAUGAUAAUAGAGAGUGGGUGUCAUCUACUUGCAAGUAUGGUGACAAUUUCAUAGCUUCGAUCAAGAGGGGAAACGUCCAAGCCGUGCAGUUUCACCCUGAGAAGAGUGGAGAUGUUGGCCUUUCUAUCUUGGAAAGGUUUUUGAAACCGGGGUCCAAAACAACAAAGAAGCCAUUCCAAGGUAAGGCCUGUAAACUUGCAAAGAGAGUUAUUGCUUGUCUUGAUGUCAGGAGCAACGAUAAAGGAGAUCUUGUUGUGACUAAAGGCGACCAGUAUGAUGUAAGAGAGCACACAGAAGAAAACGAAGUGAGAAACCUCGGCAAGCCAGUAGAACUUGCCGGACAGUACUACAAAGAUGGAGCUGAUGAGGUCAGCUUUUUGAAUAUCACUGGUUUCCGAGACUUUCCUCUUGGGGAUCUCCCAAUGUUGCAGGUAUUGAGGCAGACAUCAGAGAAGGUUUUUGUGCCUUUAACCGUUGGAGGAGGCAUCAAAGACUUCACUGAUGGAAAUGGAAAGUAUUACUCUUGCCUAGAAGUUGCAGCCGAGUAUUUCAGGUCUGGUGCCGACAAGAUCUCUAUAGGGAGUGAUGCGGUAUAUGCUGCAGAAGAAUACUUAAAAUCCGGAGUCAAAACUGGGAAAACCAGUAUAGAGCAGAUCUCAAGAGUUUAUGGGAACCAGGCAGUGGUUGUCAGUAUAGACCCUAGAAGAGUGUAUGUGCGGGACCCACACGAUGUAGAAUUCGCGGCUGUCAGAACGAGGGAAAAGGGUCCGAACGGGGAAGAAUAUGCCUGGUAUCAGUGCACAGUGAAAGGGGGGCGAGAGGGGCGAGGAAUCGGAGCAUUUGAGCUUGCAAAAGCUGUUGAGGAAUUGGGAGCAGGGGAGAUACUUCUGAACUGCAUUGACUGUGAUGGGCAGGGAAAAGGUUUUGAUAUUGACCUCAUCAAGUUGGUAUCAGACGCGGUGAGUAUCCCUGUCAUUGCAAGCAGUGGGGCCGGGUCAGCCGAGCACUUCUCUGAGGUUUUCAAAGAGACAAAUGCCUCUGCUGCCCUGGCUGCCGGGAUAUUCCACCGGAACGAGGUGCCCAUUCAGUCUGUGAAAAAGCACCUGCUCAAGGAAGGUAUAGAAGUUAGAAUGUAGUAGUAAUGGUUUCUAUUGAUGUUCAUGGGUUUUUCCUUUACCUGAGAACACAGAAUAAGUUUUGGAGUGGCUUGACACCCAAAUUGAUAAAUCUCAAGAGUUGUGCGCAAAAUAUUUGAGCAGGCUUCUUCUUUAUGGUGGCCAACCAUGCCUUUAAUGGAGCCUGGGGUGCAAACUUUUGCUUCUUUUUUAUUGGAACUUAUGUAUUUGUUGUUGACUAUACCCCAUUUUCAUGUGGCAUUCUUAUUUUGGUCUCACACAUUUGGCGUUAGGUAAAUUAAGUGGAUGUUUCUUU